AUGGGGCUCUACGUGUUCGACUGCAUCGUCGUCGUCUUCGACAACCGCUUCACCGCCACCGAUGUCGCGAUCCUCCGGAGCUGCAUGCGCUUCCAGAUCCCUACCUUGGUCGUGCGCUCCAAGUCGAGUCAGCAUAUCCAGCAGAACCUUGCGAGUGAUAUGGGCGGUGCGGACGCAGACGACGACGAUGCGGAAGAGGACGUUCCCGACGUGGACCAGCGGAUGGAGAGCGCGCGCGCGCGAUACGUGCAAGACUCGCGCGAGAUCGUGAGGCGGGACCUGCAGGCGGCGGGCCUGCCCCCACAGCCCGUGUAUUUUGUCGACAAGGACGUGCUCGUGAAGAUCGUCCGUGGGGGAAGUGCGAGCGGGAUAGACGAGAAGGCCUUGCUCCGGCGCAUGUUCGAGCUUGCGCCGCCUCAGGUUGACGACUCUGACGAGUCGGAGGUGACAAUGUCGGUGGGCAGUGAGAGUCAGCCUGAGUGGCAGACGGACAUGUCGUUGUCCGACAAGCUGUCCGACUUCGAGUUGGACCCGGUGGCCGGGCCGAGCCCAUGAACGUUAUGAACCUCCCAACUUGCUUCCAACCUUAAGCUUUAAGCCUGCUGUCGAGUCCUCCAGUCUCCCUCAAAGCUUCACUCAUGAUCAUGUCUUUCCGCUGUUUACAUGUCGGAGCCUAGCUAGUCGACUGUGACUCUUGUUUUCGAGCUUAACCACAGCGCGACUCUGACCCGGUCGAGUCAUGGCGUGCGCAUGUCUAUGCAUCGCCAAAUGUGAAAGCGCGAUG